AGCGGAGUUUGGCGUUCAGUGAAGAAAUUGAAAUCACUCACAGUGUUGUCAGCGACCGAACCGACCAGUUCUUGUUCGAACUCCUACGCUCUAGCAGCAAGUUACCAGUCAAGACCCAAGAAAGGCCUAAAAGCUAACCGCAAGUUAGUCAAAAAAACUUACAAAACACCCCGCACAUACACAACAAAACAGAAACAUGUCUGAAGCACAGAGCGAUAACCCAAUCUACGGACCCUUCUUCGGCGUCAUGGGAGCAGCCUCAGCCAUCAUUUUCAGUUCUCUGGGGGCCGCCUAUGGUACCGCUAAGUCAGGAACUGGUAUCGCUGCCAUGUCAGUGAUGCGACCAGAAUUGAUCAUGAAAUCCAUCAUUCCCGUUGUCAUGGCUGGUAUUAUCGCCAUUUACGGUUUGGUCGUAGCUGUCCUUAUUGCUGGUGCUUUGGAAGAGCCCACAACCUACUCACUGUUCAAGGGUUUCAUUCAUUUGGGUGCCGGUUUGUCGGUAGGUUUCUCUGGUUUAGCGGCAGGUUUUGCGAUCGGUAUUGUUGGUGAUGCUGGUGUAAGAGGUACAGCACAGCAGCCGCGUCUCUUCGUCGGUAUGAUUUUGAUUCUCAUUUUCGCUGAAGUAUUGGGUCUGUACGGUCUUAUUGUUGCCAUUUACUUGUACACAAAAUAAAUUAAUUCAACAAUUACAACCACAAAUCCAACAACAUCCACAUCAACUAAAUACAAAAUUAUGCAAAAAAAAAAAUAAAAACAAAAUCAACCAACCAAACAAUCACUAAAAUGCAACAAGCAUAACAUCCAUCAAAGAAAUUUGUAAUAAUAUAAACGCAGCAACAACCAAACAAAGCCAUGGCGAGAAGGAUCAGCGACCAAAGUAUUACAGUAAGAGUAGCUGGUAAAUAAAUAUCGGUAAAAGCGACAGCAGCAGCAACAGCAGCAACAACAACAACAAUAGCAGCAGAUCUCAAGCAGAGCCGCGAGUAUUGGUUGUAAAAAAGCCCAAAUGCAAAUAAAGUUCCACGAAUGGCUGAUUUUUUUAGUAUUGAAAUAUUCAUAACGUCGAGGAGAGGAUAGGAGAGGAGAGAAAGACGAAUUGUUGCGAGACAGUAUUGCAUUACAAAAUGUCACACAUGUCAUUCUGUAUUUGACUCGAGCCGAACACUAUUUCGUCUAUAUGUAUGUCUAUAUAUAUAUAUAUAUAACCCAGCUUUAUUCUAUUUAUGUUACGUUACUUUAUGAUUUUAAUUUAUUUUUGGGGAACUAAGACCAUUAUCAACAACCAAAACAAAAAUUACAACAAUUUAUAUUUGUAUAUACAUAAAGUAACCAAGUGUUAAACUAAAAAGAAAGUCUGGGUUUCUUUUUUCGCCGUGAAUUCAAUGUGAAAUGUUAUUUAUAUUUCAACACUAUCUGCAAAGGAGGAGGUUGCACCAAAGCGCUUACGAUCGCAACAAACGUCGCUGCCAACAUAUUCAAAUGUAUAUUUUUUGUGUUUAGUUACCGUAUUUCGUUUAAACAUAUUUUUGCUGUGAGAUUAAAACCAUUUCGUCCACUUGUUGUCACGUGUUUAUGCGUUUAUAUUACUAGCGAUUUUCUUAUUCGUUAAUGUUUUUUCUGAUAUUUCCUUUUUGUUUCUGUGUAAUUAUAAUUAUAAAUAUUUUCAACAACGUUUAUUGUUGUUGUUUAAAGAAAAACUUGCGUAUUCAAAGUAGAAAAUGAAAACCAAUAUACUACAACCAAAAGCAGUAAAAGUUAAAAAGCAAACGGGAAUGGAAUCAACCAACCAACAAACUUAUUAAAUAAAAUGUACAUGUAAAUUUAAAUUUAAAAUUAAUAUUAAAUUUAAUUAAAUUUAAAUAAAGAAAACAAAGAAACAGUAUAUAGUUAAACGAAAAAUAUUAAAUAAUUAGUGAGAAACCACCAACAAAGCAACAACAAAGACAACCAUCAAAAUGAACAAAAAAACCACCACCACCAACAACAACAAACAACAACAAAAUGCGAACGCAUUUCGAAAAUCGAAAAUCGGUGCCAAAAAGUGAGACGUGCAAGGCAAAUGUGGACUGUACCGCAAUGUUUCAUUGCGAUUCUGCUAAACGGAGUUGUUUAGUGACAAUUUUGAAGAUUAUCUUCACCCCAAUCUCCAACUGGGCGCUUUCGAACAACAACACACACACACACACACGCAUCGAGGAAAUUCUGGUUGUUAAUUAAGGCAAUCAUGUGCGCCCAAUCAAAUUCACCACCACCGCUUCAAGCCUACUUUUAGGCGUUAUAUUUUUUCAAACAAUUUUUUUUUUUUUCGCCACACGUCUUCACGCGCCGCGUUCGCAUUACAUUUUGUUGCAUUGAUUGAAAUGAAAAGACUAAAUUUUCGAGAACAACAGCGACAGCUCAAUUGCGAGCACAUAGUCUUCUUAAAAGGAAACACACGCACGCAUCCACGCAAAUUAAAAUGAAUGGUUGAAACAACAUCGAUAUCUCCAAACAAAAAAAAAACAUCAGAACACACACCAACAACACACGCAACACACACACACACUGUAACUAAGUCCCUAUAUAUAUAUGUGUUUAUUUUUAAUUAUUGUUCAAUUUGUAAGAACUAUUAUUAAUAAUAAUUAUAAUAUAUUUUUCUUUUUUUUUGUGAUAAGCUUAAAAGAAAGUUGAUUAUGAGACAUUUGAAAUUUCGAAGCGAAAACGUAAAAAACUACUAAACGGUAUUUAUACAUGUGUAAUUAUAUCUAUAAAUACUUAAUAUACAUACAUACAUGCAUAACACAUAAUAUAGAUAUAUAUAUAUAAUUAUUAAAAAUAAUUUACAUACUAUACAUAUUUAAACAAAAUGGAAGUGCAAAAUGGCGCUGAAAUUGUUACAAAAACAAAAAAUGCAAAAAAUUUAUAAAACAAAAAAGCGAUCAAGGGUGUACGUGGCGUAGCAUUUAAGCAAAACACAAACAAAAACAAAAACAAAAAAACCGUUAGAAGUUGUUGCAAAACGAAACAAAAGGCAAAGUAGCAAGCAGUAUGUGUGCAAGUUGAAGUGUUGAAGAUGGGAGCGGCACACAUACGUAUACACACAAACUUCUGAAAAUCACUUCCCAUAAGGCACACGCACACACUGGAUAUUUCUCUACUUUGAACGAAAAGUGAAGAAAUAUGCACUGUGCAUUGCAACUACACUACAAAGCUCCACAUUAUCUCCUCUGUUAUGUAUAGAAAUGCAAAUAAUUAUAUAUAUAUAUUAUAUGAAAGUAUAACAAAGCAAAGUAAAGCAAAUAUUAUGUAAAAUCUUAUAACAUACAUAUAUGUAAUAUGAUAACUAAGAAAUUAUGUGCGUAUUUAGUAAAAUUUCGCUGAAGAAGAUAAAAUGUUAAAUAAGCAGUAGUCGAAAUCGUACUGUAGACGCUAGAGCGUCGAAAGUCGCAGAUGUAGUAGAAGAAAUGAAUUGAGGAAGUAACAACAAAAACAAAAUCUAAAACAAAAAUGUGAAAAAUCAACCAAAAAAAGAGUAAAAUCCCCAACGUAAAAAU